AUGUCGCUCGCGUUCGAUGAGUUCGGUCGACCCUUCAUCAUCAUCAAGGAACAAGGAAAUAAGACGCGAGUGAAGGGCAUUGACGCGCAGAAGGCGAAUAUCGCGGCGGCGAAGAGCGUGGCGCGGACGCUGCGGUCGUCGUUGGGACCAAAGGGGAUGGAUAAAAUUUUGCAAUCACCGGACGGAGACAUCACGAUCACAAACGAUGGAGCGACGAUUUUGGAACAAAUGGAAGUCGAGCACGAGAUCGGUAAGCUCAUGGUGGAUCUGUCCAGGUCUCAAGAUUUCGAAAUUGGCGACGGCACCACGGGCGUGGUCGUCUUGGCCGGAUCCCUCUUGGAACAAGCUGAGACUUUGCUCGAUCGAGGGAUUCACCCGCUCAGGAUCGCGGAGGGCUACGAAAUGGCGGCUAAGGUAGCGACGAAGGAGCUGGCGAGAAUCAGCGAGAAGUUUGAGUUUGACGUGAAUAAUAUUGAACCACUGAUUCAAACAUGCAUGACGACGCUGAGUAGUAAAAUUGUGAACCGUUGCAAGCGGGAGAUGGCGGAGAUUUGCGUCAAAGCCGUGAUGGCGGUUGCGGAUUUAGAACGUAAGGAUGUGAACUUAGACUUGAUCAAGCUUGAGGGCAAGGUUGGCGGAAAGCUCGAGGAUACGAUGCUCGUGAACGGCAUCGUUUUGGACAAAGACAUCAGCCACCCGCAGAUGCCGAAGGAGAUCAACGACGCAAAGAUCGCCAUUUUGACCUGCCCCUUCGAGCCGCCGAAACCAAAGACGAAGCAUAAGAUUGAGAUCGAUACGGUGGAGAAGUACGAAGAGCUUCGUCAGCAGGAAGAGACGUACUUCAACGACAUGGUCAAGCAGUGCAAGGACAGUGGGGCGACUCUCAUCAUCUGUCAAUGGGGCUUUGACGACGAGGCCAACUCGAUGCUCAUGCAACAGAAGCUUCCCGCGAUUCGAUGGGUCGGUGGCGUCGAGCUCGAGCUCUUGGCCAUUGCCACUGGCGGUCGCAUCGUGCCGCGAUUCACUGAGUUGACGCCGGAAAAGCUUGGUUCUGCUGGAAAGGUGAGGGAGCUCGCGUUCGGCACGACGAAGGACCGCAUGGUGAUCAUUGAAGACUGCGCCGCGAGUAAGGCAGUGACGGUGUUCGUGCGCGGUGGUAACAAGAUGAUGGUCGAUGAGACUAAGCGUUCGCUGCACGAUGCUAUCUGUGUCGCGCGCAACCUCGUCCGAUCGAACAACAUUGUGUACGGCGGCGGCUCUGCUGAAGUCGCGUGCGCCAUCGCUGUUGAGGAAGAGGCGGAUAAGAUCGCCACCGUCGAGCAGUACGCCAUGCGCGCGUUCGCCGAUGCGUUGGAUGCCGUGCCCACAGCCUUGGCUGAGAACUCUGGCCUCGCCCCAAUCGAGACCGUGGCGAACAUUAAGGCGCAACAGCUCAAGGAGAAGAACCCGUUCCUCGGUGUCGACUGCAAGGAAACGGGCACCAACGACAUGAAGUCCCAGGGCGUGUUCGAGACCUUGAUCGGGAAGCAGCAGCAGAUCUUACUCGCCACCCAAGUCGUGAAGCUCAUCUUAAAGAUCGACGACGUCAUCAUCAGCGGCGACGCCGACAUGUGA